CGAGAUUUCACAGCGUCACUACUCAACCAUAAAAUACGUUCGAAAUCUAAUCGUACGAAGUAAUAAGAUCAAACAACUUCCAGUGGAUGUCUUUACUCAGAAAUUCAAUGUUACAAAUAAUUUGGAUUUGUCCUACAACAAACUCCGGUUCAUCCCAGAUGGAGCUUUUUCUGGCUGCAAGCUGCUAGUAAAAUUGUUUUUAAGUUUUAAUAGACUCGCAAAUAUUUCAAGACAAACGUUUGCCGGGCUAAAAGGUCUAACGAUGCUGAUGCUUACAGGCAACAAUCUGACCUGUAUUCGUAAAGACACUUUUGCUGAAACUUCUUUGGAACUGUUGUUCCUUCAAGGAAACAGAAUAAAGCAUAUCGAGGGAAACGCUUUUCGUUACCUCAACAGUCUGGAAAUAUUGACGCUGUUUGCCAAUCCCAUUGAACUACUUCAAAAUGAUACGUUCAAAGGAGUAUCCACCAAUGUCCGACUGCUUAUUUCGUGUAAAAACCUUCGCAAGAUUCUACCAAAGAUGCACAACCCUUUAAUCGAAUGUGCCCCAUCAGCUAUAAACUAUACACUGUGCGGCGAUAAAGUAGGCAUAGCCACGAGGUUUGGAAUCUUAGGCUCAGUGUGCAUUGUAACCAAGCCCAGUCCAUUUCUUUCGUGCUACAACUGCAGUUUUUGUCCAGCAGGAACCUAUGGCACACCCUUCUUUUGUUUAAAGUGUCCUGAAGGAGGCUUUUAUCAGGAUGAAAUGGGUCAGACCGAAUGUAAGAAUUGCAGCACGGGUACUUUUGUUCCCAAGAGGCGCUAUCCUGGAAAAAGUGCAACUGAUUGUUGUGCAUGCCCGUAUGGUACCCGUACUAACGAGUCCGCUGGAUUUCGUGCUUGUAACUGUCUCAGCAACUUCUACCGCUUGGAUCGCUUUGGUCCUUGCACAGCUUGUCCGAGUUAUGGAAUUAACUGUGAGAAUGAGGCUGCAAUAUUAGCACCAAAUUAUUUUUGGAACUGGAGUAGCACCGAAAGAAAGCAAUCUUACACGGAGUUUGUCAUUAACAUUUACACCCACAAUGAUAGCUAUAACAAAGCCUUUUCCACUUUUGAAGGGUCGUUUCCGAAGCCGGUAAAGUGCCCCUAUUCAGAUUCGUGUAAAGGCGGAAUUAACUCAACAUGCAAUUCAGGAUACCAGGGUGUCCUCUGUGCAACAUGUUCCUCACACUACUAUCACAGAUUUAACAACUGUUUACGUUGUCCAAAGACGGCAGUUACGAUUAUUUCCUGUUGUGUGAUAAUUGUUCUUUUUGUCCUGCUGUUUGUCAUUAUUUUCUGGGGUGACUCAAGACGCACGGAAGAAAAUCGCACUGUCGCAGAUGUCGUUAUGUCCUGCAUCAAGAUCGUUAUUGGAUUUUAUCAAGUUCUCCCUGGGAUUUUCUCGGCAUUGCUGCAAGUCCAGUGGCCAGUAGUGCUUGUAUCUAUGACAGAAUACCUGAAGUUUGUCGAAGGAAACAUUUUGCAGUUCGCCCCACUGAGUUGCAUUCACCCUUUGCUCCGCUUGGACCCAUUCAUUCAAUUUGUCCUCGCUAUUGCUGUAAACGUUUUGGUUGUAUCUUUGAUACUGCUUUACCUCUUCGUAAAGAAGCAUCUCAUCAACAGGAUGGAAAACUCCACGGAAGAAAACUCUUCAUGGGGAGUAAGGAGAUUUACAGAAGAAGACAACUCAGAAACUAUAAAGUAUUCCACUGAGGAAAACGCGCCACAAAGUCCGAAGAAUUGUGCUGCUCACGCGGUGCGAAAUUCGAAAAAAGAGAAAGUCGCCAAGUUGAAAAAGUCCUGCUACCGCAACAUUUUUCUCUUCCUCCUGUUGUCCUACCCAAUGACGAGCAAGAAGAUUAUAAACAUUCUGCCUUUGCCUGGAGUCUGUGUUAACGUGUGCUUUGCAGACGAUCACAGCGAUUGUAGUUCUCUUCUGAAGGCCGACUAUUCCAUUCGUUGUUUUACUUCUCGACACGCCGACUUUUGGCACGUCGCCGCUGGAUUUGCUCUUUACAAAGUGACCGUAACACUUUUUGAGGGAACAAUUUGUUAA